AUGGAGGAAGUGUUUUGGGCACAAAAAGCAAGGAAAGAUUGGACAAAAAAGGGUGAUAGAAAUACUAGAUACUUCCAUGCUAUUGUUCGCAAAAGAAGAGCAGCUAAUCGCAUAACAAGACUUAAGAACCACUUAGAUCAAUGGAUAGAUGAGGAUCAAAAUUUAAGGGAUCACAUACAACAACAUUUUCAAAGUAUCUUCCAUUCAGAAUCAAGGGUAAAUACUGCAACUAUUAUGGAGGUUUUGAAUGAGUACACGCUACCAGGACUCUCGCACCUACAUCGGCAAAUCCUGGAUAGAGAAUUUAACAUAGAAGAGAUUAAAAAGGCGGCUUUCCAAUUGGGUUCAUGGAAAGCCCCAGGUCCUGAUGGUAUUCUAGCAAUGCUUUUCCAGAAAUGUUGGGACACAAUGGGACAAACAAAAUUAGAAGAUACAGGUAUGCUAAAGGGAGUGGCAAUAAACAAAGGAGGGCUUCCUAUCUCACAUCUCAUGUUUGCGGAUGACAUUAUCAUCUUUUUCAAAAUUGCCAUGCAGAAUACAGACAAGCUCAGCCAAACCAUAAAAAGCUUUUGUGAAAUGUCAGGCCAAAAAAUAAAUGGCACCAAAUCAGUCAUGGUGGUCAGUCCUAACUGUGAUAAUGUUAUAAAAGAAGACUUAGUUAGAAAGUUCAAAGUAAAUAUUGCAGAGAAGAUUGGAAAAUAUCUAGGAGUCCCAGUAGACCCGGGAACAACUAAAAGAGAAAUUGGCAACCAAAUCAUUGAUCGGCUACAAAGUAGACUCCAAACUUGGAAAGGUAAGCUCUUAUCACCUGCAGGGAAGCUAACUCUUAUUAAAUCAGUUAUGCAAGCCAUGCCAAUCUAUUCUAUGUCGAUCCAUACAUUAUCAAAAGAUACCUGCAAUAGAAUUGACAGAAUCAUUAGAGACUUUUGGUGGGGAAACAAUGCAGAAGUGAGGAAGUUACAUACCAUAGCUUGGGAUACAAUCUGCCUACCUAAGGAACUAGGAUGUGUCGGUAUUAGGAAGACAGAUCAAUUUAAUCAAGCACUCUUAGCCAAGCAAUACUGGAGAAUAACCCAGAAUCCACAAUCACUACUAGCUACUACUCUUAAAGGGAAGUACUUUCCAACAGCUCAAAACCUUUGGGAUAUGGAACGAUGUCCAACCACUGCGUCCCAAAUAUGGAAAGGAAUAUGGAGGACAAAAGAAACAUUACUGAUAGGAGCAAAAUGGCAAGUAGGUAUGGGGGAUGGCAUCAAAUUACGGGAUCCACUAUGGUAUAGACCUCGGAAUGAAACAUCAUUGCUGGAAUAUGGACUGGACCGAGGCACAGUUAGAGAUCUUAUGGAUACUGAAACAGGCACUUGGAGGGCUGAAAUCAUUGCGAAUAUAUAUGAAACGAGAGUUGCACGGGAGAUUUUAAACACUCCACACUCAAAGUUUGGAGCUCUGGAUAAAAUUUUAUGGUUGCAAUCACAGAAGGGGACCUACAAAGUAAAUGAAGGAUACAAACUGAUUACUAAGGGACAAGAUGGGACAAUUAAUUAUGGUAUGAAUAAACAUGGCUGGAAACACCUUUGGAAACUAAAAAUACCGUAUAAAAUAUGUCUGUUCUUAUGGAAAUUAUUACAUAAUGGGCUACCCACUAGAUUGGAGCUCAACAGAAGACAAAUUAUUGUUAGCACCAAUUGUGUAAUGUGUGAACAAGAGGACGAAACAUUGGACCAUCUUUUCCUCAAAUGCCCCUUCGCAAGAGCUUUAUGGUUUGGCUCGCCAAGGAACAUUCAUUCUGAUACUAUCCCCUCUAUCCGGCAAUGGUUGAUAAGCAUUCUUGAAAAAUAUAAGGCAGGUAAUGAACAGGAAGAUAAUGUUCUUACAGAUAUUAGUGCCACUCUUUGGGUGAUUUGGACUUAUCGAAAUAUGGUUCUAUUUGAGAAUAAAGCUGUUGACAUCCAACAAGCCAUUUCAAGCACCAGUUACUUCAUGACAGAAUGGAAAAUAGAAUUAGAUGAAUACCUCCAAAUUGGUUCAACACCUACUGAAACUACUAGAAACCAGUCUACAUGCAGAACUCAGAAUUGGCAAGCAAUAAUUAUAGUAGAUAUAAAAAAGCGUUCGCGCGAAGCUAUUUGGAAUGGAGGUGCCUUUGUGAUCAAAAAUCGUUUAGGCCAGUCCGUUCGUAAAGGUUGUUAUUCCUGGCAUUCCAACAAUGAUGAAACCAACUUACUAUCCACAAUUCGAGAAGCUUUGUAUGAGGCGUGGAAACAAGGUUUCAGGGAGGUAAUCCUUUUUUUACAAUCAAAUCAUGGAGUAAAGCUAAUUCAAACACAUUGCUUGACUAGCUUGGAGAAUGUCCCGAUCAUGGAAGAUAUUGCAACAUUACAAAAGAUGUUUAAACAUAUUCACGUCCAAGUUGCUCCUCAACUGGUGCUCCAAGAAGUUCAGGGAUUGGCAGACAUGGCGACAAUAUGCUUUACAAGGCUCACCUGGAUAUGA